AUGACACCAACUGUUAGGUCUAAUACGGACGUCACGGAAAAGUCUGUCAGUCCGUCUUCAGCGGCCUCGGGCCGCCCAAUUGACGUUCACCUCUCGCGACAAUACCUUGCUUCCCCAUACGUCAAUGAUCGUGGUGAUAACUGGGACAUGGGAUUGGGAUAUGAUGAUUCUGAGAGAGAAACUAUCCCUCGUAGUGGGAUGAAAAGAGACCUUGUGAUUGAUCUGCCCAAGCUCCGACAGCUUAAGGACUCAGAUGCAGUGUAUCCACCUUCCGAGCCGGCCAUUAUUUGGAACGCCAAAGUCUACCAGAUCCGAGGAGAACCCCGUGGUGAUGACAUCCGCUUACAGCGACCUGACCUGACCUACGUCGAUGAUCGGCCUAUAGAGUUUUCUAUUGGCCUUCCUCCUACGAAGGCACCAGCUGAGACAGACGAUGAUGUGCUAGAGCCCGAGGCGUGGACAGGACCCGUCAUAACCAUCGAAACCUUUGUCGAGGCAGAAAUUGAUCAGUAUAAGCUAUUGAGACUGAAGAGGCUCCCGGAAAGAGUGACUUCGUCUUGUCUUGAUCUACUGAAUCCAAAGCAUGUCUCCCGGCGACAUCUGGUGGUAGAAUCCCCAUACCUUGUUGAAGGCCUUAGUGAACUCGUUCAAUAUUAUCCGUCAUUCCAUCAUAUUUUAUUGGAUGACUCAAAAAGGGGAGAGCUGAGGAUUAAAGAGCCUUUUGCCGUCCUAUUCCACCAUUUUGAUGCCAUUGCAGCCAUGGCCAAUGGAAGUACCAGGACAACGGACUACAAUACCGAGGGCAAAAGUAUGGGUCAACAGAAUCACUUAACAGUACUCCAUGCAAAGUAUUUGAUGGAGUUCCUCGAGCCAAUCUACACUGACUCCAUCUUGACCUGUCAAAAGCACCUUUCCAACUCCGUCCCGCAGGUUGAGUUUGGCAUGAUCUGGUAUCUCCUCAAACCUGGGAUAGAUGUGUAUGUACAAAUUGAAGGAUCAACUCAUGCUGCAGUUGUGCGGAGCGUCAGGCGGACUGAUGUCUCUGUGUCUAAGCUUUGGGGAGCUGGGAGUGACGGGUCGUGGCUGGUCGACCUAUGGCGGCUUGAGAGUGAUGGUUCCAGACUCAGAAAAGGUUUUUUCUCCGUAAAUAUAUCCCCUUACUCUGGACUCCGAGAUGUCACUAGACUUCAAGUGUGUCCGGUUUCAAUUUGGGAUGCGCAUGACGGUGGCGAGCGACGUGAGAGAAUUUUACGACGAGCUGCAAUCUUCUUCAAGGCGCUUCAACGUGGCAAUCUCCUAGUAGACUACAAGGGCCCGAUUCAAGAAACCGCCCAAUAUUACACAGGAAAGGUAGUUAUCGACCAUCGAAGAGGGCAAGCCGAAUCCAACAUCUCCCCGCCCCUUUCCCUCCCGGUCAAGGAGUAUUCAGAUCGGUUCAGGGAGUAUGAUGGAAUUCUUAUCAACAACGAUAGGUCUUUCUACACCACACAAGGUACUCAGAACCGUCCCGCAAAUCAAAAGUCCAGACCCGACAAUAGCAACGACGCCGUGGUGAACCAGGAGCGAUUGCAGGUAUGGCUCGACGAUGUACCCGAGCAUCUUUCCCCGAAGGCUUUCCGAGCAGAGGCUGGUGAUCCCGUUGUUCAGCAGCUCACCGAGCAUCAACUUCUUCUGCUAUGCCCAGACGUUCUGGCGUAUGGACUAAGGCGUAAACACUGGAUGCUGAUCUCUCUCGAUUACGUGCAAGAGUCCGUGCCAUCGGAUGAGAGUAUCUCAAAUCUGAUUAUUGCCCAGGAUGAGUUGAAGACAAUCCAGGCUCUCUCGAAUCGCCAGAAUAGUGAGAUAAGGCACUGGACAGCGGAUUUCAUUGAGGGGAAGGGAUCGGGGCAAAUCAUCCUGCUACAUGGUAUCUCUCCUCAGUAUGAGAUUAUCUUGGCCAUGUUUUCAGCUGAUAAUCUCGUUCUAGGUCCUCCUGGAGUCGGCAAAACUUACACUGUCGAGGCUAUUUCUGAAUGGCUACACCGGCCACUCCUUGCUCUCACAGUGGCUGAUAUCGGCACAGUCGAGACGCUCGUGGAAGGCGAGCUUAUGAAGUGGUUUGAUCUUGCGGAGGCCUGGAACGCAGUGCUUCUUGUCGAUGAAGCCGAUAUCUUCCUCGAACGACGGCAAAAUCGAGACCUCGCCAGAAACGGACUUGUAUCAGCCUUCCUCCGACGAAUGGAAUACUUCAAAGGUCUUCUAUUCCUGACCACGAACCGCGUCGGACAGAUCGAUGAUGCUUUCAUCUCACGAGUCCACGUCGCAAUCGGAUACCAGGCCCUCGACGAAGAGACCAGGCGAAAGGUCUGGAGCGGCUUUUUCCGUAAGCUGGUGCGCGAACGCGCUGGCAAGGUACAGAUCGCACCAGACGCGAAGAAAUGGGUUCUUGAGACCGCUGGCGAGACGAACCUCAACGGGAGAGACAUUCGCAACGCAUUACAGACAGCCAUCACGCUGGCAGAGUUUGAAAGCGAAGAGGACCCGGACUAUGAUACUGCACUGGUGACAGUUGUCACUAAAGCCCAUUUCCAGAAGGUUUUGGAGAUGUGCAAUCGUUUCCGCAGUUAUGUGACGAGCAUUCGGAGGGAGGAUGAGAUGAAGCGUGCUCAAGGGCGUGGUGAUCGGAAUGACUACGGCAAUGGGUUCGAUAGCAGGAUGUGCUGA